ACGUAAGCGGAACACAUGACAAUAUAAGAGAUUAACGAAAUAGAUCGAUAAAAAAGAUUUUAUGAUUAUCGACAUAGUAUUGCAGAUUUCUGAACUGGUCAUCGGUAUUGUAGAUUUCUGAAUUUACCAUCGGUAUUGUAGAUGUUUUUAUUGGUCGUCGGUAUUAUAGAUAUAUUUCGACGACAGUCUCUUUAUCGAUUUUUUUUUAAUCGAUCGAGCAACCAAAAAAAAAGAAAAGAACUGCGCAUGUAUGAAAUACUCGUGUCUCUAAUUGCAAGAAACGCUUCGGUAGAAGUUGACACUGUCAAGUCAGUAGUUUAAUCGACGCAUUUCGUAGUAACAAUGUUUUAUAAUAGAACGAAAGAAAUAAAUAUCGGUGAAAUGUUUAGUUCUGAUUAUUCCGACGACGAUGAGAACAAGUUCAGAAAUAAAGGUUCAUAUAGUCCAACUAACGAAUACGAAGAGUCAUUACAGGCAAUGAGUGAUAUUUAUGGACAGACUCCACCAAGAACACGUCUCAGUCGUAAGAAAAGACACAUGAAACAAAGAUUGGCUGGAGGAGAGACAAAAUCUUUGGAGAAAGAAUGUCGACCUAAAUUUAAUAUGAGAAGAAGGAAUACGUUAGAUACUAUUAUCUUCAAUGUAAUGUGCGACGAGGCAGACAAAUGUCGUGAAAAUGAAGCAAAGGAAGAAGUCGUUAAGGAAGGCAAUAGGAAAUGUAAAAGAAGUUUAAAACUUCUACGUGGUAAUGAAAGGGAUUUAAAACUGGAUGUCGAAGCUGCUCUUAAUUAUGCAGAAAAGUCCGAAUGUUUCAUGCCAUAUACACCGAAUAAUAUGAAAAUAGAAACGAAGAAUAGAUUUCGUAGUUUGAGAUCGAAACCAAUUGACGUGGAAGAGAAGAAACAGGAAACCAAAGCUGUCCAAUUAGCUGUUUCAUCGACGGAGGAGAAAAUCUUAUCUCAAUCACCAAUGUCACAAAGUUAUUCAACACGACAAAUCUUUUAUGAAACAUUUUCUUUUAUUAUUAAAUUGGGAAAUACAGAGCGUAAUUGUCGUAGGCAAAUGAGUCAUGAAGAGACUCGAUGGCAAAACGAAUUGAAAGAUUUAAUUUGGUUGGAGUUACAAGCGCAUCAUGCUGACCGCAGUCCGAUGGCUCAAGACGAAUACUUGUGCAAGCAACGAGAAGCAGUAGGGUCAUUACUUAAAGAAAUAAUAGAAUAUAGAUAUAAUCAAACCGCAAAUCGUCCUCCGAUUUCGCCGAGUCUAAAUGAUAGCAAUGAACAGAAUUUAAAUUCCAAUAUAUGUAUGGGAGUAGCAGAACAAACAAGUUUAUGUUCAGGUUGUCUUUCUAUGUAUUGCCGACCAUGUGUACGUGCACAAGGAGAAGCGUUAAGACAAGUGGAAGGAUUGUUGGGACGAUUAGAAGCUGCCGAAGCUUUAUAUCCAUCGUCUCAGGCAUUUGCUACUCAUUAUCCUUUGUACAAAAGUCCUGAAUUUACUGGAAGAGUUAAGGCCAUGUGUCUAUGGUAUAAUAUGACUAAACAUCAUAGAUUAAAGUUACAAAUUUUAGGGAAAUUAUUAAUGAUGCUUCAUACCAAAAAAAAACAAGAUGAAACAUCUGAUUCUGGUAUAAGUUCUCGAGGUUCAGAUGUGACAGAUUAUUCAGAACCCAGACGAACCAUGAUUCGUUUUGAAUUAUCUCAACAAGAUGAAGUUUCAAAUCCAUCCGACAGUAACAAUAGUAAUAAUUCGUCUCUUGGUGGUAUGUCCUUGGCACAGUCAUGGCCAUCUACUCCAGAAUCCUCAUUUUCAUAUAUUGACGACGAAAGAUUAGAUCGUUUUGAUUUUUAUCUGGUAGAAUUUGAUCGCUUGGCUUACAGAAAAUACAUAGAGGAUGUACUCAAAACUAGAGGAUUGAGGAAGAGUCUUAAUUUUUUGGAAAGACUGCACACUUCUGUACUUAGAAAAGCGAGACUUACUUUAGAGAAACAUGAUGAGAACGAUAACGACAGUGCUAACGAGGAAUAUGAUGGUGAUAAGGAAUUAAAAAGAUAUGGUGUAUGGAGCCAAGAAGCUAAAGAAUUAAAUCUUCCAUCUUAUCGGGCUGCGUUUGUAUUUUUGUCACGCGUUCCGUUAGACGUGGUACACGAAUUCUUGAGAAUGAGAUUAGAACAAAAGCCAGAACAACCAAGUCCAUUGUCGGUACGUCAAUUAAUGCGCGAACUCAGAGAAGGACUUAGAAUUGCUUGCAUACACAGAGACAGAUUUUCUACGCAUUCUCGUACCGCUGUAGCCAGCGAUCUUUGUGCAUGCGAUACUCUUUUCGAGGCGGAAGUUAAGGAAUUCGACGAGAGCUUGAAAGCUGUGUUCGAAGUUUAUUUGAAUUAUUUGCAACAGUGGGUUGAUAUGGUACAACACGAUAGCUUUCAUAAAAAUUUAAUUAUGGACGAAUGGAUCUUCGUCAAAUCUAUCGCAGGAGAUAUUAUUGGUGGAUAUAAAAUAGCUGGAGUUAAAUUUUGUGAAAUUGCUAGAACAAUGAUUAUACAAGUGAAAGAAUUUCUCGUGGAACGUCCCAGGGAGAUCAAGGAAUCAGUAGAUGAAAGAGAAGAUGAUGAUGAAUGGUCAGGCAAAUUUCAUUUUAUGUAUGUGGGACGUGAAUGGCAAGGAAUGUUCGUGGAAGCUCGGGAAAAGAUUGUCAAGAGCGUUACCUUGGCUAAAUGUUUAAAGCGAGAUAUUGAAAAAUGGCCGGCACUUAAUAACGAGUUAGAGGAAGCUUUAACAGCGUUAAAGGAAAUAGUUAUGAAUCUGAGACAUCGUAUAACCACAGUCAUCGAAGAUUUUCAAAACGAUCUUAAUCAAGCAGAAGAACCCAAUGUCGAAUGUGAUCUUACGACUAUGCGUUCAAGGAUUAGAGAAAUACUUCAUCAGGCUUAUAGAAUGGGAUUUGAUUAUUACAAAGAGAUGUGUAAAUUAUUUUGGUUGGAAGAGAAAGCUGUUCUAACACGCGGUCUGGUAUCCUUUGCGUUACUUUGGAUGGAAUUCGUUAAAACCAGAUGCGAACGAGGAAGAGGUUUGAGACCCAGAUGGGCUAAUCAAGGUUUUGAAUUUUUAAUACUUGUUUGCGAGCCUCAUUAUACUAAACAUUUAACUAACGAAGAGUUUGAAGAAUUAAAAACGUCCAUGGAUCGUUGUAUUUCUCAUGUCAUCGGAACAGCGUCCGUGUCGCCUUCAGAUAUUGACGGUUUGAAAAGAUUACCUCGAUCAAGAGCAUCUUCACCGUCUCAUUCUCGUAGCAGAACAGCUAGUAUAAGUACUUCGCACAAAUCUCGAGACGUUUUAAAAUCACCGGAGCUUCUGUUGAAAAAAUCUAUCUCACAGAGUGCAGUCGACGGUAAUCUGACAGUUAAUUUAAAUAUGUCUAGGCAAGGUAGAAUAAUCAAAGCUAUUAAAACGGUGGAUCAUAAAAUUGAUGAAAGAUUGAAAAAUCAAGAACUCAUUGGUCAAGUGACUGACAAGAAAGCUGUCGAUAGAGUUCAUAUUAAAGCUAGACAGGUAACGUUUACUUGGCAAAGAGGAAUUAAAAUAGGUCAAGGAAGAUUUGGAAAAGUUUACACCAUAGUUAAUAAUCAAACCGGUGAAUUACUGGCUAUGAAAGAGGUUCAAUUACAACCUGGUGAUCACAGAGCGAUCAGAAGAGUAGCGGAAGAACUUCAGAUCUUUGAAGGCAUACAAGAUAAUCAUCUAGUUCGUUAUUAUGGUUUAGAAAUUCAUCGUGAAGAGAUGUUAAUAUUCAUGGAAUUCUGUGCAGAAGGAACUUUGGAAAGUUUGGUAGCAGGAAGCGGAAAUGGUUUACCCGAAUCUUUAGUUAGAAAAUAUACACAUCAGCUUCUUUUAGCUGUAGCAGCUUUACAUUCUCAUGGUAUUGUUCAUCGCGAUAUUAAAACCGCAAAUAUAUUUUUGACCAACGAAGGCAACUGUUUGAAACUCGGUGAUUUUGGUAGCGCAGUGCAAAUAAAAGCGCAUACGACUAUGCCUGGUGAACUUCAAGGAUUCGUCGGUACUCAAGCUUACAUGGCACCAGAAGUAUUUAUGAAGACUGAAAAUAUUGGACACGGUAGAGCCGUAGACAUUUGGUCCAUUGGUUGUUGCAUUAUUGAAAUGGCUAGUGGAAGAAGACCUUGGUCGGAAUAUGAUUCUAAUUAUCAAAUUAUGUUUAAGGUCGGUAUGGGUGAAAGUCCUGCGAUACCAAAGACAUUAUCAUUAGAGGGUAUAGAUUUAAUUAAGAAAUGUUUGCAACAUGAUCCAAAAAAAAGAUAUACCGCUAAUACUCUUCUUACAUUACCUUUUGGGCAAACUUACGAGGACGUUAACGCGGAUUUAACUGUUGCACGUUUUUGAUCAUCAUAUUAAAAGACUUGCAUUAUUGCAUAUAUCUGCUAGCCAUUAAUUAUUAUUAACGUACUUUAAUUAUUUUAAAGAGAAUACUGUUUUAUAUGUUAUAUAGAAGUACAGCAAGUCGUCGUCCACUCGGA